AGUGAGUAAGGGGAGAAGCUCGUAGGCGACAGUCACUUUUCAAGACCAGUCUGCAGGUGCUAGACUAUCUCUCAUCGAAUAUAUAUAUAUUUUUUUUAGCAUGAUGUAACAAAGAUUGUUUUCUCAAAGAAAAUAAAGUAAUUGUAGGGGAAUAGCACGGUGGCGUAGCCAGUUUAUUUUCAAUGUAGCUGGACACGGAAUAGUUGCUCUCCAUUUUUCAAAGGACAAUGAUGGACUUCAAAUGGACACUAAUGAGUAAUUAAAUGCUAUGAAAAUAGGGGUGCCUAUUCAUUUGAAGUAUUUCUCAUUCAUUCAUACGCGUUUGGCGCUAUAAUUAUGGAUAAUAUUUUCAGGAGAAAGAGGAUAUUGAAAACUCUCCUGAGUUUGUCUCUCGUUUUUGCGUCUUUAGUGAUGAUUUCCAAGUUCAAGCUUGUGGAUAACAGCAUCAAGGACGACAUGGAGGUUAAAAGCAUGGGACAGGCCGGUUGGUGUGGACCUGAGUGUGAUUUAUACAAAGGAAAACGCAGUUUGGGAAACUACUCGCCGCCAGUUAUUGGUGAUGAUUUGGUUGCGCCACGGGUGACCGUCUCCAACACUACAGCGUCUACUUGGGAUGUACACGUUAUGAACUGCAGUGAAGAUUCAGCCGUAAGGAAAAAUGAUUGGUUUCGACGUUUGGAUACGAGGUUCCACCAGUUUGUGUUGCACAGACAUUGUCGAUAUUUCCCAAUGUUGAUAAACCAUCCGGAUAAGUGCAGGAAUGGAGACGUGCACCUGCUCAUGGUGGUGAAAUCCGUUAUAGAACAGCACGAUAGGCGAGAGGCAGUGCGCAAUACCUGGGGUAGGGAACAAACAAUUGAUGGUAAGAGAAUAAAAACGCUGUUUCUCCUUGGAAGCCCUACAAAUGGCAAAGACACUAAAAACCUUCAAAAGUUGAUUGAGUAUGAGGACAUGAUAUAUGGAGACAUUCUCCAAUGGGAUUUUAUGGACACAUUUUUCAACCUCACCUUGAAAGAGGUAAAUUUUCUGAAAUGGUUUGAUAUUCACUGCUGCAGUGCCAAGUUUAUAUUCAAAGGGGAUGAUGACGUUUUCGUAAAUACGAAUAACUUGCUGGAACUUAUUCGUUUCAAGACUGAGGACCGCAAAGUUCUAAAUGUAUUUGUUGGGGACACCAUCUCCAAAGCCAUCCCCAUCAGAAACCGCCAGAGCAAAUAUUACAUCCCCAAAGAGUUGUUUGACAGACCGUACCCACCUUAUGUUGGUGGUGGUGGGUUUUUAAUGUCCUCACAAUUAGCUCGGAGACUGUUCGUGGUUUCAGAGGACUUGGAGCUCUAUCCGAUUGAUGAUGUAUUUUUGGGAAUGUGCCUACAGAAGCUACACUUGGCACCUGAGAUGCACCCAGGAUUUAGGACCUUUGGCAUCAUGAAACGCAGAGUGAGCCCAAUGAACAGCGAACCGUGCUUUUUCAAAAACCUAAUCGUAGUCCAUAAACUGAGCCCUCAGGAGCUACUCAUGAUGUGGAGCGUAGUAGAAAAUAAGGAGCUGGUUUGCGCCAAAAGGACUGCACCAUGAGUGUCAACCUACAGCUCAAAAGGACUCAAAGGUUAUGCAAAAAAUAUUGUAAGCUUUUACAAUUGAAUUGUAAUAUUUGUAUGUAGGCCUAGUAGGGCACUAAAAAGAUCCAACUAAGAAAGAAUGUGAAAACAAUCAUGCAGUGAUUUUUUUUUUUUAAACAAAUGUUUAUGAAUGACAUUCUUUCAUUAUCACCUACCUGUUUGUUAAUGUUUUUCUAAUGUAGAUAGGUAGACCCAAAUCCCAACAGGAAAACCAAAUAAGUGAAUGCACAUUCCUUGGUCUACAAGAUGAACCACUUUUUCAGCCAAAUCUGUAAAUAAAUGGCAGCCUUUGACACUGAAAAACCCUUUUCAUGCUACAGUUUUAGUGCUUUUGAGUUUUGAGAUGAUGGAUGUGUUAGUAACACUGAAAAGGUGGAGAUUACAUGAAAAUAUAAUUGGGUAAAGAACAAAUUCUAGAACACAUAUUGAAUUAUAUUUUAAGAGUCAAAACUAGUUUUUGGUUUGAUGUUUGUAACAGAUUCAAUAAAUAUGUAUUCGUUA